AAAGGCGAAGUGCAAAGGAAAGACAAAGAACACCGUGACUACCAAUAUUAUAUAGGGCCCGAUUUCCGUGACAUAUUAUUUUUUCCCAAAAUACGCUGUGAAGCACUAUCAUCAUAACAUAGCAAAAAAAAAACUAAGCAUUUAUUUUGUCGUAAAAAUAUGAAAUUUUAAGUCAAUCAGAUCGAUAUAUUUUUGGAAAUAAGGACUCGCAAUGGGAAAAUACCUUUUUACAUACAAUGUUCUCUCUGCGACAUCCUAUUUCAAUUUAAACUUGUUCCUUCGCAUUUGAAAAUCAAAUUCAAUUUGCAGAGUUCUCCAUUAUGAAAUUCAUCCAAAAGUUCACACAAAAUGUGUUUUCUUGCUGAUCCACUGAUGAAGUUUCAGAAAAUAUUGACAUCGCUUUUUCGCCAAAAACCGGCCAGCCUGUAAUGGUGAAGCAAAGAGUGAAUAGUGAACAACAGCAACCGAAAAAAAAAAAAAAAAAACCAUUUGUGGCUGAUCUUGAUGUUGGCUACCGAAUGUAUCUCUUCAAAGGCUUCAUCACUCAGCGGAACAAAAUAAUCUUUCAGCAUCGGCAUAUUUGAUCGUCCGUCACCUUUCACCUAAGCCUUUGCACAAUAGUUAAAACACGGCGUAACAGUAAGUCACGUUGUGUGCGCGCACAAUGCAAUCUGCUGGAAUGCGGUCGGCUGACUUUUCCUAACGUUGCAAUGUCAAAAAUCAGGAAGAUGUGACAUUUAAGUGCGCCGUAACAAUGGAACUUGAGUCCGAGCGAAAUCCUGGGGAAAGCACACAACUGUCUAGAGAAUUAUGAAUCCAUUCAAGAUGCCGUCUUCUUCCUUGUUCGAGCUCAUUCCUUCCCUCCCCAUCUGUCACUCCGCACACAUCCAAAGAACUGGUCUGGCAGUUCCCGGAGCGAGGGACUUUUUAAGUACAAUGUUGAUUGAUUUCUGCGGUAGCUCACUUCACUCAUCUGAAGGUGUGCGAAGAACUGGUCCAGCAACUGCUGGAACGUGGGACUUUUUUGACUGGAGUUGCAAUUCCAUUCAGCCGUGAAACGCAACGCUCGCUCUUGUCACGGCUUUCCUGAGGCUCACUGGACUAAACAUUGGCUAAAAGGCUGAACCCUUCGUGUUUUGUUUUUGAGAUCAAUGGUCCUACCAACACUGGAAGAUGUUAAAUGGUGUGUUUCUCUAUUCAAGUCUAAGGAUGCAAACGCACAUUACACACACACACAGUGCUGUCACGGUCCACUUACGCCAGGCCCUCCCCAGAAUUAAGGUGUUCACAGCAAUUCCGCGGAGCCGCUCAGUCCAGUUUCCAGCAGGCAUCAUGUGGGGCCGCCUGCUCGUCUUGUCACUAUUUGCCUUUGGCUGCCGGGCGUCCGACUUCCUGGGCACGGGGAUGACCUACGCCCCUCUCUCCGAUUAUACGGUAUGUACCCUGCGUGUUUUCCUUGACCUCAACCCCGGGAAAAAGGGAAGGGCUGCCAGAGGAACCAGCUUGAGCUGCUUUAAAAAGAACAACACCUGCUCCCAGGUGGCCGUCAGCUACAAGAUGAGCUUCCGCAAUGAGUGCAUAUUGACCAAUUGGACCUGUCAGCUGGGGGACUGCGGCGCAAUUUCUCUCGUCACCAUAACAAAGGUCUUUGAAAUAUUGGGGGGAUGUCGUCUUGACGUAGUCACACAUCAUCACGUUAGCCAGAUCUCCAAGUUUGUGCUGCGGCUGGACGGCCUCCGGUGGAUCAACGUCACCAACGACGUCACCGAAGCGCUGGCCGUCGCACACGUGGACCUGAGGACGAGGUCCGAUACGGGCCGGGCAAACGCAUCGCCCCGAACAGCCGUGCUGCCCGUCCUCAGAGUCCCCUCCAACUGCCAGAGGUACGUGACGCUGACCACCUUUGACCCCGACGGGGAUGUGGUCAAGUGUCGCUAUCAAAACGCCACGUCGGUUCUCCAACUCUCACCGGUGAGCGAGCCCCGAAAGCAAAAGGGCCUCUUUUCCCUGCCACUGAACAUUGGCAAUUUCUCUCCUCCUUUGCAGGACUGCACCAUGAGCUUCACUCCCAGAGGCAACGACAGUGACGUUGCGGAGGGCGCGUACGCCAUCCAGCUGAUCGUGGAGGACUUCCCUCACCAGAACAUCACCCUGACUGAUGGCAAGGGGAUCCAGACGCCCGUCACCGGGAAGGACGCCAUCGGCCAGAUCCCCGUCCAGUUUGUUCUGAUGGUGGAUCCUCCGGCGGCUUCCUGCGUGGAGGGAGAGCACCUGCCCGCCUUCAGGCCUCCGACGCCAGCCAAUGGAGAACGCGUGCACGGCUCAGUCAACGAGAGCCUCGAGAUCCCCAUCAAUGUGGAAGUCAAUCAGCAGGCAUUGGCGCUGUUCAGUGGGCCGUCCGACAUGCAACUGAACGUCAGCGACGGCCACCUGUUCUUGACCUGGAAACCGACUGAGAGAGACUCGGGCCAAAGUCAGCCCGCCUGCUUCGUCAUCCAAUUGUUUGAAGAGGGACUGACCCCACAUCAGUCGGAGAUGCGCUGUGUCAUUGUGACUGUUGACCCAGGUGAGUGGAACCUCUUGCUGCCAGUCCAAAACUUCUCAAAGUUUUUUUGCUCCGGGGGUCGCUGGACCCCAAAUGUGCAUAACUGUUCCGGCAAGAUCCAGAUGUCAGUUGUAGUAGCGCUGCUGUGGAUGUCAGUUGUGGAGGACGGAGUAGAGAUUAAGAAUGAUACGACUCUUGACGGUCCCCGUGACAAAGGUGAAAGACAAAAAGUUUACUCCUGUUCUGAUCAGUUACAGCUGAAGUGAGAGCAAGGACGUCAUUUGGCUCAGGAACCAGAAGUUUCUCGUUCAUUUUUCAGCUGUCAUCUACUCUGAUAAUCAUCUGCCUUUUGUUCUUUAGAAAUGAUGGUUGACAUUUAUGCAAUGACACAUCACAAUCACAUACGAGCUUGGCCAAGGUCGGGAGAAGCAAUUGGCCAAUUCUAUUUGUUUUGCGGGCCAGCCACAGUAGAAACGAUCCGACAACCGUAUGACUGCGCCGCCGUGAAAAAUGACUUCUUUGACUUCUUCCGUCUUUAGUUGUGAUUGUCGUGACAGCCCGGCUCCUGUCUGGGUUCCCGCUGUCUGUGGACAAUUUCCAAGGGGCGGCCUUAACGCAGGUGCGUCAUUCCGCGUGAGCCGUGCCGCACGGCGACAGGACAGUUUGAGCACCACUUUUUCGUCCCGCAGCUGAAGAAGGAGCUGGUGGCGCGAGGGCUGCCCGCUGGCAUCACGCUGAGAGUGGUGAGCUUCAGGGAGGAGAGCGGAGACGGCGGCUUCUGAGUCCUUCAAUUUAUGCCAAUCCGACGAUUAAAUCAAUCGUACGCUGCCUAUAAACCCGCAGUCUUGACCGUGCGUGGGUUUCACGAGGGAUGCACCGGUUUAUUCCCCCGGACACCAAGCGCUGAUAUUUGAGGCCUCGCUGAUACCAAGUGCCGAUUCUUGAUAAUGCAACUAGGUCUCGUUAUUGCUUAUUUGAAUCAACAAUACAAAACAAACCUUUUCUUGUACAUGGCAUUUGUCACUUCAGUAAAACCAGCAAUUUGUCAGAAGAGGCAUUUUCAUCCGGGACGACAUAUUGUACAUGGCAAAGUAGUAUCAAUGACGUAACCUUUUUUUCAUCUACGAGUUUUGAAAUACGGUAUCGGUGCAUCCUGACUUUUCUCUGCAAAAAAAAGGAGUUAUUUUACAUGCACAAUAAACUACGUAACUAUCAGAAAGUGUGUCACUUGCCAUGUCCCCCCCCCCCCCACCCCCCACUUUGUUUUUGCUGUAAAAGAUGUACGAAACACGUUACAAGGCUAGACUGGACGUGAAUUACACAACACUGACAUUACUAAACAGGAUACCGACUAUGGUCCGAGGAUACUAAAGGUACCUGUCGACUGUCGGUUGAAAAACUUCGACUACAACCCGCACAAUAAAAUGCUCCUUCGUCUAGAAUCUUUCUUCUGGCAACACAUUGAUCCACGUCCGAGCCAUGAAAAUAUAUAUCUCUAAAGUCUCCCUUGCCUGGAAUAUAAACCAUACGUACACUCGUGGCUGACAGCGUGGCGCUCAAGAGCUAGCUAGCCGACUGCAUGUCGCAAUUGCGCCUGAUAGUCGCUGAAGCGAACAGAGGCCCGCGAGUUUGUCUGCCAGAGUGAGGGAACAGUCUCUCCAGCAUUUUAUCUUCAAACGUGAAUUUCUAAACAAAAAUCUCUAAAUGGACUUCAAAGGGUUUGAAAACAUCCAAGGAUUUUUGCAGGGCCCGGAGUUCGAUGUUUGUGAUGAGAAGCAGGCCGAUGUCAGGGGAGCGGCAAGUUCCGGUCAAGGCUCGAUGAGCUCUGGUGGGACCCGAGGUGUGGAGGGAAGUUGGAAGAUUAUCUGGAAAAUGACGCGGAGGAACAAGCGCCGCUUCAAUUGUAAAAAAAAAAAAAAAAAAAAAAUCAAUGAUGGCCUGACAAAACUUCAACGCUGCAGUUAAUUGCGCACUGGCAAGCUGCCAGGCCUCGCCUCCGCAUUGAGCUCUUAAAUUAAGGGGACGUGUCGGUUAUCCCCAGGAGAACAAGUCAGACCGCAUAUAGGUGCUCAUGUCAGACGCUCAUUAGUGACUCGUCGUUCCAAGUCGUGCGAGUCCCAUCCCGUCGUCCGUCAUGCGAGGCUGCCUUUUGGUCUUGUCGCUGCUGGCCUGCGGCUGCCAGGCGUUCAACUACUCGGGCACAGCGGUCACCUACCAGCCCCUGAGGGGCUCCAACGACACGGCGCUCCUUCGCUACAAGUUAGCCUUUCAAGAGUGCGGCAAUAUCACCGUGUUGGACUGCCCGCUGGACCUCUGCACGGUGAACGUGGUCUCUGUGAAAAAUGUAGACGAGAACGUCGGAGAGUGGUGUCAGCAGGAAGUGACAGCGCACAUAAACACAACCAACUCUGAAGACUUCGCGCUGCGGUGAGUCUCGAGAACUAAGCGUCCAUCCGCUUUCCUUUCGGGGUCGUCGAUUUCUCGCAACCUCGUCGUCAAGGCUCUCCUUGUCCUCUGAACUUUUUUGCCGGAACUACGGAUAUCAGCAAGUCUUUGCACAUCUAAAUUUGCGCCCCCAAACUAUCUGAAUCCGGACUCUCUUGCGUAGCCUCCGAGCUUUCCAGCGUGUGCUGUCGCCUAAUGAAUAUUCUUGCUCCUGCAGCCUGGACGGCCUCCGGUGGGUCAGCGUCAGUAAUAACGUCACCGAGGUGCUGGCAUUGACGCACCUGGACCCGAGAAACAGGUCCGACACCGGCCGGCCCAACUCGUCCCCCCGGACCACCGUGCUGCCCGUUCUCAGGUGAGCCCACCCCGACACUGACGUGUGGGCACCGUGGCGACCAGCUGCCGCCUCACAGAAUGUUUGCCUUCAUCCGUAAGGUUCCCCUCCAACUGCUACGGCUACGCAAACCUGCCCACAUUUGACCCAGACGGGGACCUCGUCAAGUGUGUCCUGGAAAACGUUGAUAGUGUCUCGUCAUUUUUAGAAGUCACUAACGUGAGUGACCACGCGCCUCUGUGAAUUUAGUUCCCACUCCAGUGCUGACUGUUCCUUUUUUGGCAGGAUUGUCACAUUGGAUUCACUCCCAAGCUGGACAAUAACAGCAGCGCGGUGGGCUCGUACGCCGUCCAGCUGACCAUGUUGGACGCCGUUCGCAAAGACAUCAAUCUGACUGACGCCGAGGGGAACCAGUCGCUUCUGAGAAAAUUGGAAUUCAUCGGCUACGUUCCCAUCCAGUUUGUCCUGAGAGGUGAGAAAAGUGGAGCAGAUGAGGGCCGAAAUCCAAACUUGGAUACUCCAAAGUUGUUCCCACAAGUCCGCAGAAAAUCAUCGGCACCUUGUCGGUCCGGCCUUUUGACUCGGAUAGGCUCUUCUUUUUUGGGCACAGUAGUUUAUUUCCAAACUGCACUUCAUCGAGUAGAAGUCAAAAGUAUCCAAGUAGUGGUCGCGGAACCAGGAUUUGUGCGUCGUUAACAUUAACUGUGACACUUUCCUGCCGUUAAACUGUUCAGUCGAUCCUCCGGCGCCGUCGUGCGAGCAUGGAAAAUUCCUGCCCGUACUCCAUUAUCCCACGCCAGAGAACGGAGAUCAUCUGUACGCGCACGUCAACAAGACCCUGGAGAUUAACAUCCACGCGACAGCCACGGAUUCAGAGUACGUGUUCGUCUCAACUCAUGUAAUUCUGCAAUUCUGCUGCUCUGACUUGUCACGUUCCAGAGGUGACAAAAAUGAGCUGCUGAAACCACUUCCUGGUUGAGUCAGCGGCAAUUGCUUUCCUAUUUUUCCUGCCAUUACUAAAGCACGCAUCCGUGCUUGGUACAUCCUACACACCAGAGAUGCUGAUUAUUCCAUUGCAUAUUUUAAAAUACCGUAACCACAAUCGGCACUUUAUCCUCUGCGAAGAACAACCAAUCGAAAACGCCGAGCAUCUGGAGGCGCCGCCGCAUCUUUCUGUAUAACGUCGACAACCUGGACUUGUUUGUUAGCGUCAAAGAGGUGCUGUUCAGCGGGCCGGCCGGCGUACACAAGGAGGAAGUGGGCGUCGGCCACUUCGUCCUGAAAUGGACGCCGACCCAAGACGACGCGGGCCUACGUUAUCCCAUCUGCUUCGUCGUUCAAGCGUUUAAAGACGGAGAAACGUACGUACGUUUGCUCCUUGUUCUUUGGCAGACGCUCGGCACGCUAACACGUCCAUUUGGCUCUCCGGCAGCGAAUUUCACUCACCGAUGCGCUGCGUGACGGCGGCGGUCAACUUCAGUGAGUGGCGUCUCUUUCGUCAGCGAUUUGACAACAUCGCCAUUUGGCAGUGGCGGGCCGUGCUUUUGGUACACGGAGCAUCGGCAGGGAGGAAGAUUGCCAGAAAAUUGCACUUUUUGCAGUUUGACCCCCUCCCCUCGGGGUCAUUUCGCCGAAACUAAAUUUGGCAUUAAUACAUAAUACCGAAUAAUUGGCGUGAGGGCUUCCGAACGGCCCGCCGCUGCCACUUUACUCCAUCCGCCGGAGCAAAAGCCGAGUGAGUGACUUUUGUCUUUAGAUGUUUUCGCCCUGGACGCCAGGCUCCUGAUCAGAACCGACAAUACCUAUUUGGACCUCAAACAAAUAGCCUUACCUGAGCUGAAGGAGCUGCUGGUGGCACGGGGG